AAUUACAUUGCUAGUCUUUUAACAACUUUUACUUUAAACCUUUUAAAAAGUCACACAAACCAGUUAUAUUAAAUGUCACAUUUACAUUCAUGGCUAUGUGCAGUACCGCCGCUCCCUAUACGCAGAGUACGCAGUUUGCGUAGGGCACCAUCCCAGUUGCUCAACAAAAAAAAAAAGAAAAAAAGUGACGCGCCAUUCUCGCACCCACGACCGCUCACACCUCAUGUUUGCGGCUGAAUGCAAAUGAUCAUAAUUGAUGGAUAACUAUGCCCGUGAAAAGACAUCAGCAAUCCGGCGCCAAGAGAAGGAAAAAAAGAUGAAAACGAAGCCCGUGCUUCACUUUCAGAUUGUUACGAGUAUUUGAAGAUCCAUGGAAAUCCAGAUCCAAGUACCAUUUGCAGUUCCAGUGCCAGCACCAGCAGUACCUAGAAAAACAGAUCCUCUAAUACAAUGCAUCAUGAAAAACAAGUUAAAGAAACUUAAAUUAAAUAUUAAAUAAGAGGAAGAGAUAUUAAUGGAUUGUACCCUUCUGAAGUUUGGAAGGAUGAUGUUACACUAUUAAUGGCAGCAGUUAUAUGCAGAAAUGAAGAAAUCUGCUCUUAUCUACUUAAAGAGUCAGCUGAUCCAAACAUACACUCAACAAAAGGAUGGACACCUCUACAUUAUGCUGCAUUUACACCUGGAGUUUCACUGAGUAUCGUGAAAAGAUUACUUGCAGAAAAAGCUAACCCAGAUGGACAUCAAUUACAAUUGUUUACUCCAUUACAAUGUGCUGUUGGUCAAAACUGUGAAGACAUUGUGAAAGCACUUAUAGAGGCUGGAGCUUCACCUGAAAGGAACUAUGAGACAAAUCCAGAGCUUGAAAAAAAGGUGGAGAAAAUGAUUCAUCAAUUAUCUUCACAGGGUGAAGAGUCUGAGAAAGUACAUCUAUUUUUCUCUUUUUCUUGUGCUGUACGAACAAAAAAUCAGAGAGAAGUUUUCAUAAUCUAUAAGGAACAUUUCUUUCAAGAGGAUCCUUUCAUUCAUACAAUUCUGUUUGAGGUGUAUUAUGGUGUCAUUGGUCCAAGUUCAGAGCAGUAUCGUCAGAGCGCCAUCAAGUGGUUAAAAGAUACAAAGAGUGCAGACAGAUACAUCGAGGGAGUCAUCAAACGCUUCCCAAGAAUCCCUCAGGAACACUGUCUGAUUGCACUGAACUGCUUAAAUGUUGCUUUGUGUGUCAGUGAAAACAUCACCUCUCAGGUAUUCAGUGAUCUUGUGCCAAUUCUAACAAACAGACUUCAGCACUCUGGAAACACACAAGGAGAAAAAGUCAAUUAUCUGAUACUAAAGAUACUCAACGUUAUGAUGCAGAAGACGUCUGAGCAGAAAGUGGGACUCAAUCAUUCUGUCUAUGAGAAGUUAUGCAAAAGUCUGUUGCCUCUCACACGUCCUGAUCAUUCAAGUCUAAUUGGAGUUUGGACCUAUGGACUGUUUGCCUAUAUAAAUGAUAUUGCUCCUGAACUUGUAGCAUUGUGUGGAUUGUCACCCAUCCUAGAGAUGACACUUAUUAAAGCAGAGACAGAGAUGGAUGAAGUCAUGAAAAAAAAGCUGCAAAAGUUGGAUGAAUCACUCAGACAUCCAGCAGGUUUAAGUGCAGUGGAUGGUUUAUGUGAGGAGACUGCAGCUCUAUUGACAACCAGGAAGAAGAAGAAGAAGAAGAAGAAGAAGAAACAAAUUCAGCAAGAGGCUGGAUCACAAGAAGGUGAGCUUCAAGAUAAAGAGGAACCGCAUCCAGACUCUGUAGUGACAUCCAUUGAGGAAUCAAAUUCAAGUGUGCAGCCGUUCACACAACCUGAUGAGAGCCCAAAUAGCUCAAGAAGGUGGCAUCAAAAAAGCCAUCGUUGGAGGUCCAAGCUUGAGAAGCUAGCUAACACUGAUGGUAGCAGGACAUACAGACUGCCAGGUCUUACUCUUGUUAUUGAUCCUGAAUUUCUGAUCGCUGAUGGAAGUGAUGGAACACACGUUUUCCUUGGUUUGAAGGAUGACGGCACUGAGGUGGCUGUGAAACGAAUGAACAGGUUUAAUUACCGAGUCCUCAGAAAUGAGGAGGAAUUUCUUCGGCUUCCAGAACUUGACAGUCCCUCUAUUGUGCGCUAUGUGGACUUUGCAGAAGAUGACAAUUUCGGAUACCUUGUUCUUCAGCUUUGUGAGUACACACUGGAGGAAUAUAUCCAAGACCAUUUACCGGAUGACAGCGCUGAGAGAUCUUUGGUUCUGAAGAAGCUGGUGAAGGAAGUUCUCUGCAGUUUACAGGUUUUACACGACCAGAAAACCAAAGUACUCCAUCGAGACAUCAAACCCCAGAAUGUCCUGAUUGACAUAAAAGGAAAAGCCAAAUUGGCUGAUUUUGGCAUAAGUCGCCGUCUGAAACAGGGUGAAACCACUUUACGAACAAGCAUCGCUGGAACUAAAUGCUGGAAGGCAAAAGAGAACAUAAAUGAGAAGUUCAACACUGGAUACAAGAGGAGCUCCGACAUUCAGGUUGCUGGGAUGUUAGUCUACUACAUUCUCUCUGGAGGACAACAUCCAUUUGGUGAAGAUGUGGAUUGUGAGUACAACAUUUCACGAGGAAGAUACUCACUGAAGCAUCUGGAUGAUGAUGUAGCGAAGGAUCUCGUCGAGUGGAUGAUUAAUGAAGAUCCAAACAACAGACCGACUGUGGAGCAAACCCUUGCACACCCCUUCUUCUGGACUGAUGAACGGAAACUGCGGUAUCUGAAAAUAUUGGGAAAUGAGAAAGAGGCUGACAAUUGUCGUAAUAAAGAUGAGGAGCUGCUUAAUGCCAUCUCAAAAUACACAGAGGGGAAAAGCUUUUCUGAAUGGAAGACUAAAUUGCCGUCAGAGCUUAUCCAGAAAAUGGAUGGUAAGAAGAAAGCCUAUCCUGAGAACACACUGGGCCUGCUGCGAUUUAUACGCAACCUACACGAGCAUUAUAAACCAGAUGCUGUGAAAAUCAACCUGAUGGCUUUAUUCCCUGAUCUCUUUGGGAGUGUGUACUUGUUUGCCAAAGAAAGAGGAUGGAACUCCAGAGAAAGUGUCAUUAUGGACAUCAACUCGGCAUCAUGA